UUUGAAGUAGAUAGGUUGAUAAAGAAUGAUGAAAAAGUCGGGAUAUGGUUUACAACUAAGAGCUCCACCAUCACAGCAAAAGAAGAAACAGCCAGCGAGGCCUCCGGUUCCUGCAGCACUUGGUUUCGGGGAUUAUGAUGAUGAUGUUGAGAAAGAAAUAUCUCGCCAUGCCUCUAAGAAUAAAGCCCUCAAAGAUAACAAACCACCCGUCGCCGGAAUCUAUAAUCUCAAAAGAUUUCUUCCCAGAAAUAAAGAAGAUUUUGUUUUCCAUGAGAAGAAGAAGAAGAGAAACGAUGACUUAACAGAAGAAAAUUGGUCGGAAGAAGAUCUGGGUGGCCGGAAAAAGGUUCUUGGUGGUCGGAAAAAGGAUCUGGUUCAUUUUGGAAGAGAGAGAAGGUCGGAGAAAGGUGCAGGUUGGUCGGAGGGUCAUAUCGGAGCAGUAAGAGAGAGAUCGGAGAGAAGAAAGUUUUUCCUGCGAAACUGGAGCUAUAUAUUGUUGUUACUUGUUACUUUCUCUUUAUUUACUUCUUCCUUUUCAAUAAUAUCUAGAAUAUGUUAUCACUUUGUGUAUUGGAUGAUUGCAUUAAUAUCUCCACCUUUACUCGAAGGAAAUGAAACUUAUUGCCACAAUUUUGCACCUUUUCUGAACUGUUAUACUUGGUUCCAGCCAAAAUAUAUCCAGAUGCUAAUGGAGAAGGCAAAACAACGAGAACGGGAGCAUGAGGUCAUUUAUGAGAGGAAAAUUGCAAAAGAGAGGAGUAAAGAUGAUCAUCUCUAUGCAGACAAAGACAAGUUUGUCACUGCUGCUUACAAGAGGAAACUUCAGGAGCAGGCUAAGUGGUUAGAGGAAGAGCGUCUUCGUGAGCUACGAGAGGAGAGAGAUGAUGUUACUAAGAAGAGUGACAUCAGUGAUUUUUACUUUAGUAUUGCGAAAAAUGUUGCCUUCGGAGGAGAGAGUAAGUCAAAGAAGGCUGUGAAUCAUCAUGAACAGGAAGCAGUUCAGACAGAAGAAAAGCCUUCAUCAUCAGCGGAUGCACAUUCGCAAAUGUCUAGGGAGAUAAAGAGGCAAGAUCAUGAGCCUUCUGCUUCUCCUCCUCAUAAGGAAAGGACUGAUCAGGCGGAUAUGAAGCCCCCUUCAGAUCGUUCGUCUGAAGAGAGGGCUGGAAAACAAGUUUCUGAAAAUGGACCAACUGCUGAUUCAGUGAGCGAUCAACCAAAAGUUGACCAUCAUAAAAGAAGUCUGGACGCUGUUGCUGCAGCUAAGGAACGGUUCUUGGCAAGGAAGAGGGCUAAGGAAGCUGAUCUCUUAUCUUCCUAUAUUUAGGACUUACUCCUGUUAUAUAUACACAUUGUUGUAACGUCUUCUACGGAUUUCAGAAUUUGAAUGCACAUUUUCUUCCUCCUUAAUUUCGGCUCUAGAGAAGGUCCUGGUAAUAUUCUGGUGCAUAAGUCAGAUAUUUGAAUAGGGAUUUGAUUAAAGCACCUUGUUUCCAUUUGCAUGUAGCUUUCUAUGAGCCUGCAAUUAGUGAAAAUGGAAUAGAAGACCGUUUUAUCAUGUAAUGAAAAGUUCUUGCACUGA